ACAGCCACUAACUACACUGAGGGCAAACGGUGUUUGAAGAGAACGAAAUCGUGAUUAUCUGAUUAUGUUAUGUUGACAGCCAAGGAGCGCAUGUCUCUGUGAAUAUUUUAUCUAACAAAACCAGAGAAGAGGAACUCACCUUGUAUUUAAACAUGGGAGGUCAGAUAACAAGAAAUACAUUGUACGAUUCUCUGGGUGGCCCCUUCCCCACCACAUCCCACCGCUACCACCAUAAGCCCACCAAGCAAUGUCUGCCCAUCCUGCAGUGUGGGGGCAGCCUGUCCUCCUUUCCCCUGCUCUUCCACCCCAGUGCCAAGGGCUUCCAGAUCGUCAUGGACGUGGCCCAGAGGACCGUCAAGAGGCAGGCCAGCUUCUGCAACGCCAUCACCUUCAGCAACCGGUCCAUCGCCCUGUACGAGCAGGUCCGCCUCAAGAUCACUAAGAAGCAGUGCUGCUGGAGCGGAGCCCUGCGUCUGGGCUUCACCUCCAAGGACCCGUCCCGCAUCAACCCAGACAACCUGCCCAAGUACGCCUGCCCAGACCUGGUCUCCCAGAACGGCUUCUGGGCCAAGGCCCUGCCCGAGGAGCUGUCCAAUGAGGGCAAUGUCAUCUCCUUCUGGGUGGACAAGAAGGGUCGGGUGUUUUACCGCACCAAUGGUUCCAGCCCCAUGCUGUUCUUCAGCGGGGUCCAUGCCUCCGAGCCACUCUGGGCUCUCAUAGACGUCUACGGCCUGACACGAGGUGUCCAGUUACUGGACAGUGAGAUGGUGCCUCUAGACUGCCUGCGUCCUCGCUCCUUCACCACCGCCCACCGGGCAUCGCUACGGCGGGACCCAGACGACCCUCACCUUUCUAUCAGCCUGUGUGACCUCAGCCUCCAGCAGCAGGAGCAGGAGGAAGAGGAGCGCCUGCACCCCCUCAGCUCCACCUCUUGUUCCAUCCCCCAGAACUCCCUCAACUCCCAGCAGUGCUCUCUGCUCCCCUCGCUUGUUGACAGCGACCUCCACUUCCACCCGCUCCGAGGCGCCCAUGUCAAGGCCCUUGAUGAGCACACGGUGUCCCGGGGCAUGGAGCAUCGCAGCGGUGAUGAGAGAACCCUGGUUUUCACCAGCCGGCCCCUGCGUUGUGGAGAAAGCGUGUUCGUAAAAGUGACCAAGGCGGGUGCCACGCGUCUCGGUUCACUCUCCUAUGGCGUGACGUCGUGCGACCCAGCUUGGCUUCGUCCCAGUGACCUGCCAUACAGCCCGGAGUCCCUGGUCGACCGCAAGGAAUUCUGGGCGGUGUGUCGGGUGGGGGCGCCCCUGCAGAGUGGUGACAUCCUGGGUUUCGUGUUGAACGUGGAGGGGGAGAUGUUUCUGAGCCACAAUGGAAUCAACGCAGGGAUGCAGGUGUGUGUGGACAACUCCAGACCUCUGUGGAUGUUCUUCGGUCUGCAUGGAGCCGUCACACAACUCAGGAUCCUAGGCUCGUCUCUGAAUGCAGACCCUCGAGGGCUGUCAAUUCCCAGCUCCCCGAACACCCCCACCCUGCGUUGCAGCGGCAGCUCCGAGCCCAACUUCAACUCCAACCUGAAUAUCAACCUCAACACCAGCCUCAACUCCAGCAACCCACCAGCCUUCAGCAGCUCCACAGGUACGACCCCCAGCUCGCCAUUCUCCAGCCACUCGGAAUCCCCCACCUUCCCAUCAUGCUCGGGCUUGUGGAGUGACGAGUGCACCAUCUGCUAUGAGAACGUGGUGGACACGGUGCUGUACGCCUGUGGUCACAUGUGUCUCUGCUACGCCUGUGGCCUCAAAUUGAAGAAGAUGGCCAACGCCAGCUGCCCGAUCUGCAGGAGGACAAUCAAGGACAUUAUAAAGACCUACCGGAGCACGUAGGAUCUGCCUGGCUGUGUAACAUCAUGGCUCAUUCAUCAAAGAAACCAUUGAGACCUAUUGGAGCAUGUACGUUUGGCCUGACUGUCUCAAUAUUGCUCAGCAACGCUAUGAGAUUCAGCAUCAUGCAGUUGGUCCAUCAAAGAUAUCAGAAAAACAUGUUGGGAUAUAAAUACAUUGUAAAGAUGAACAGGAAGAGGUAAUGCUGGCCUCCAGUGUGUCACUAUGGCCCAGAGACUGGAUUGGGUUCAGCCACCAUGGAGUUGGACUUAACCAGGAGGGAUCUGGCUCACUCUCUGCAGACACAAUUGUGUCUGUUAGGGCUGUGAUGGUCAUGGAAUUUUGGAUAACGGUAUUUGGCCAGCCAAAUGGCCGCGGUCACCAUAAUAACCAUUCGAAUAGAAAAAAAAUAAUAACGUUUUUAGACUGACAUUUUCUUCACCGCUCCUGACUGCAUGUGCUGCCAUAUAAAUUGAAUGAAUAGAACGGGCAUCACCAUUCAAGUCAAUGAUGGCAUAAUGGGUGGACUGGUGGCCAUUGCGAGUGUAGCCAUAGGAGCAAAAUAUGUGCUAAAACAUGUGCUGUGAUUUGUUGAUUCAACUGAACUGACAUUACAAAAAAUACAUUUCAUUGCAUGAGCCACAUCAG